CUUUCAUUGCUCGUCUUCAGCCACUUCUUUCAUCACCAGAUAAGACUGGCUUUCAUCAACUCACUCCGCUCCCGGUUCGUAACAGUGACCUCAAUUCGAAGUUAUCACGUGUAUCAUCGAGCCGCCACCAUGGGCGAAAGCGCUCUCUCCCCGCGCUCCAACUUCCCUGUGAAACCCAUCGCCAACCCUCAAGCUAUUGUUGGCGGUGGCUCCCACAAAUACCGCUUCACAGUCCUCACCGAUGGUCUCCUCCGCUACGAAUGGGCCCCAGACACCCAAUUCGAAGACCGCGCUAGCGUCUUUGCCAUCAAUCGAGAUCUCCCCGUCCCAGAAUUCCGCAUCAUCAACAAAAACGGAAUUCUAGAAAUCAUCACGCAGAAAUUCCAUCUCACGUAUGAAGAGGGGCACGAGUUCAGCGCCUCGAGUCUCAGUGCCGGCGUCAACGGCAAUUUCUCGUGUCAUAGCUCGGUGUGGCAUUAUGGAGAGGUAUGUGGGAAUAUGGGUGGGACGGCUAGGACGUUGGAUGAGGUUGAUGGACGGUGUGCGCUUGGUCCGGGAGUCGUGAGUAGGAAUGGGUAUACGACGAUUGAUGACUCGGUUAGUAUGUUGUUUGACGGCUAUGGGUUUGUUGCUACCCGUCGUCCUGGUGCUGGAAGGGUUGAUGGGUAUCUGUUCGCUUAUGGACAUGAUUAUGCUGGGGCUGUAAAGGCUUUGUAUGCGUUGUCUGAAAAUCAGCCACUGUUGCCUAGGUGGGCGUUGGGGAACUGGUGGUCACGGUACUAUGCGUAUAGUGAUAAGGAGUAUCUUACCCUGAUGGACAAGUUUGAAGAGGAGAAGAUCCCGUUCAGUGUUGCGGUCAUUGAUAUGGAUUGGCAUAUUACCGAUGAUCCGAAAGUGCAAGCUAGUGGGAAGACAGGUUGGACGGGGUAUACGUGGAACAAGAAACUCUUCCCGGAUCCAAAGAAGUUCUUAUCGGCGUUGCACGAGAAAAAAUUGAGGGUCACAGUCAACGAUCACCCAGCCGAUGGUGUACAGAACUACGAAGACUUAUAUCCAGCAAUGGCAAAAGCACUGUCUCAUUCCACGGAAAACAAUGACCCAAUUCACUUCGACAUCACAGACCGGAAUUUCCUGAAUGCUUUCUUUGAUGUUCUGCAUCGACCGAUCGAAGAUCAAGGAGUGGAUUUCUGGUGGGUUGACUGGCAGCAAGGUUCUCACUCACGGAUCCCAGGCAUUGAUCCACUUUGGGUACUCAACCAUUUCCACUUCCUGGACAAUGCACUGCAUCAUGAACGUCCCUUGACAUUCAGUCGCUACGCCGGACCAGGUUCUCAUCGCUAUCCUGUUGGAUUUUCAGGAGACACGAUUGUCACGUGGGAUUCCCUUGCUUUCCAACCAGAAUUUACUGCAACAGCAAGUAAUAUCGGUUAUGGAUGGUGGAGUCAUGAUAUUGGUGGACAUAUGGGAGGAGUUAAAGAUGAUGAGAUGGCGACAAGAUGGUUGCAAUUUGGGUGUUUCAGCCCGAUUUUACGUCUUCAUUCUUCGGUCAGCCAAUGGACGAGAAAGGAACCAUGGACUUAUGGAGUUGAGGCCGAGAAAGUCAUGACAGAGUUCUUGAGAUUCAGACAUAGGCUUAUACCCUAUCUGUAUACGAUGAACGUCAAGGCUGCUACCGAAGGGAUACCGUUGGUCAGGCCGAUGUAUUGGGAGUACCCGGAAGAAGACGAGGCUUACAAGGUGCCAAAUCAGUAUCUGUUCGGCACUAAACUCAUUGUUAUUCCGAUCACUGCUCCACAAGACCCGAAACUCAGGAUGGCAAGAACCAAGGGUUGGCUACCACCCGGUCGAUACGUCGAUAUCUUCUCAGGAGCUGUCUACGAGGGUGAUCGAUUUCUGUCCCUCUCUCGAAAACUGGACCAAUACCCCGUCCUCGCAAAAUCAGGCUCCAUCAUCCCCCUAGACGCAUCCACCGAGCCAGGAAACGGAGGCGAGAAUCCGGACAGCAUUGAAAUUCUCGUGGUUAUUGGCGCAGACGGUGAAUUUGAACUCAUUGAAGACGACGGAACUGGCAGUUCGGCCAAAGACUGUACAUUCAAACGAACGUCCAUCAAAUAUACGCAAGCGGAUGGGACGUUGAGCAUCCUUUCCAGCGUCGGACAUUCGGAGGACCGCGUGUGGACUGUACGAUUCCUAGCAUUCCGCGAUCUGAAUAUCCGGGGCAAACAGGAACAUUUCAAAAGAGUGAAUCUAGGGAAAGUGCCAGCGGAUGUUGGAGCGAAGAUCACAUUAGGUCCGAAUCCUGAGCUCAUUCAAAAUGACGUGGAGGCUUUCAUUCGACCUAUUUUGGUGGAUGCGCAGAUUCGGUUUGAUCUGAAAGAGGAUAUUUGGAAGGUUGUUGCUGGCAAGGCACCGGUUACGCAGAAGGUUUCGAGUCUUUUGGCGCUGGAGAUGUCGGGUGAUUUGAGGGAUGCUGUGUUGGAGUAUGUGCUUGCCUAGAGGGUGGGAAUCAAGGUUACUGGGUUAAAAGUAUGAUAGAUAUCAAUCCGGGUUAUGAGGUAACAUCAUUCCGGACUUUGUGGAGUAAUAGUCUCUGUGACAGUCCUAAAUAUGAACUAAGAAUUGAAAGAUG